ACAACAAAAAAGAAAAUAACUCCCUUAGCAGGGCAGGUCGAACUGUUCUAGGACUCCUAAAUAUUCAGCCUUUUUCAACUUUUUUCAAGAAAAAUGAGAAGAAAUCAAAGACAAGACUUUUGGCACUUGGGGCGACUUGGCUGCUUCUGCUUCGUUAACCACAAGUUAUCAUCGCCGGCUUUCUUCUAGCAAUCGUGAUUCCGAUCAUCAAAGGCCUUUUCUCCUCUGCUGUUGGAUUGACAGAGGGAAAGAUGGUUAAUGAUGAAGUUGUUUGUCUGCUGGAGGAGGUGGACGAGUUAACUACUAUCCUACUCAAAAUACUGUAUAUCAAGAUAUUGCAAGCCAAGUUAUUUACUGAAAAAGUUGGUGAGGUCAUCAGAGUAUUGGAAAUGGAAGGACCCCCAACUUUGCCGGACCAACUAGUAGAAGAUAUUGCACCUCUUGCACUGCCUGUAGGAGAUAGGAGAUUUUUCUCGGAGAACUAAGCUACUAAUUACUUCACCGUUAUAUGAUGAGUAUAGGAAGAAUAUUCGUCACGGCUGGGAACGAAUGCUAUCAAGAGAAGCGCCAGAAUUAGUAGAACAGAUUGGUUUAAAUGAGAAUAAGCUGGAGAAAUUUCUUGAUGAAUCUGACUUCUACAACUCCUGGGAAGAUUUACGCCACAAUUCAGCCUUACUACCUUGUCGUGAGGCGGUGAGGGAUCUGCUUCAGUCUUGUCGAGAACUCAAAGACGCCAUGAACUUUUUCCGUGAAGUGGGUACUGAGUCAGCUUUUCUCAGCCAACAUCUAAAGUUCUUGCUGAGCUUUGCAGAGCUGUGCGGGCGUUCCAAUGAUUGGCGUUGUUGCCAAUUUGUGAGAGGCAUCAUGGAUGUUGCUGACAAAGCUCUUGAGGAGCUGGAAUGUGCAGAUAAAUAUGGUCUUAGAUUAGAGAUGCGGGAAUUUAAAUCAAAUGUAUAUGCUUCAGCUAAGCUUGUAACGGAAAAUUGUAUCGAGAAGAAGGCCAAGAAAUUUUUUGAUGGGAAAAAUGGGAAGCGAUUGGUUUUGUUGGAGACUUUAGGAAUGCUUCAUUCCUUCACGGAAGAGAUCGAUACGACUCUUGGCAGGGAAGAUCCUCAAUCGCAUAACGCUUCCUUUGGAAGAACUGGUUUUCCUUCACUGUCUAUGAUUCGCGACAAAUUUGCUAGGGGAGAUCUUCCUUCACUGCCUCUCACAUAUUAUCUACGUGCUUUUCCUUUAGUUGAAGUAAGAAAAAGAAGAAGAGUUAAAUAGUUUUCUAAAGAAUGCAACUACGCAGAUAGCAAUGCAUUGCAAAACAUGAUCAGCACAGCUUUGUACUGUCCAAGAGAUUAAUCUUCCCUGAUUUUCAAUUGUUGAAGCCUUGCUGGG